AUGGGGGACGCAUCAGGCCCUCUCAACCAUCGGCAGAUGCAACAGCAGCAACUGAUGCAGCUGGGACAGCAGGAUGCAGAGCAGCAGCAUGCGGAGCGGGAGCAUUUGCAGCAACGGCAUGUUCAACACGAGCAGCUGCAACGGUGCCAAGUACGGCGCCGGCAACAGCAGCAGUUGCGACAGCGGGAGCAGCAGCAGCUGCAGGUGUUGCAGAACCAGCUGGUGUUGCAGCAACAGCAUCUCCAACAGCGACAUCAACACUUGCAGCUGGAGCAGAGCCCGAGGUGGUGGAGACGUAGACGGCGGGAGAGGCCACAGCAGCAGCAGCCGGCGGGCGUGACAGCACUGCAUGACAGGGAACAGAGGACCGUCCGCUUGCGUCUAUCCGCACAGUCUCCGAAUCGUUUGCUCCGACGUGAGCGCCUCAGUUCCCUUCCAAUGGAUGGCGCGCCCUACAACACAGCGGGGGAGGAGGAAGAAGGAAGUGAAGAGGACCAAGACCUCGAAGGGGAAGAUAAAAACGUAGUUGAGGGAGGACGCCGAGAAGGUCAAGUGGAAGGAGAGUCAUAUGGCGGCGGGCAGGAGGAAGAGGAAGGAAGAGGUGAGGGAGGUGCUGUAAGGAAUGACACUGUGGCCGUUUUAGGGACAUAUACAGCGGCAACAGCAAGUACAACAGCAGCAGCGAAUGCAGGUGAAGCAGCAGUUAGAGAUGUAACGGCAGACGGAGCUGAGGCAACAGACACGUACGCAGGUACAAAUACAGCUUCAGCACCAGUCACCGCCGCAGCACCAGUCACCGCCGCAGCAGCAGUCACUGCUGCAGAGGGUAGCGCAACCACAGGAGCAAUCACAUCUUCGGUAACGACAACACCAGUGUCCGCCGAUGCAGCUGGGUAUACGUUUGAGGAGGGAAUCCCAUAUGGCGUUCUUUGCGGAAGAGGCAGCAACAGCAUCAGAAGCAGGAGUGACACAGGCCGCCGGCUUGCGGUGAGCUCGCCGCUUCAACAACGCAGGGAGUUGGGAAGCCGCCGUAGCAACAGGAGAGUCAGCAAAGCAAGCGGCAGUUCGCCACAGCGCUACAAACGCUUCUGUCCCGCUGGAGCCCCUGAGUCAGCUUUAGAAGUCGAAGAUGAUGCGAUUGGAAUGCUGAGUCUUGUUAACGGCGGCAGCAGAAGAAGCAACUCGAGGUACGGCCACAUGAUCCUGCGAUCACAGACAAGGCACGGCUGUCCGACGUGCAACAAAAGCAGCAGUAGCAGCAGCGAGAGUGGCCACACUAGCGGCCGCAGGCCACGAGAGUCGCGAGGCCUCCCCCUUGGCCCUGUCCACGAGGUCGAUAGUGACUCACACAGCGACGGCAGCGGAAGCCGCAGCAGCAGAUACUGCUACAGCAGCCAUGGCAGCAGUGACAGGGACGUGAUAGAGCUUGAUAGUGAUGAGGGUGACGAGAGCCACUGCACUGGCAGCUGCGUUGCUCCAGCAGUGGCAGUUGGGGUAGCAUCACCAACCGGUGUAGGGGGAUACACAGCUGCUGUGGAUGUCAUUCACUGGGGGAACAGCACCAGCAAUGGCAGCGCCGGCAGCAGCCACGGCAGCGACAGCGCAGGGAGCAACUGCAACUGCAGCAGCAGCUGCGGCUGCAACAUCAACGCCUGCGACCUUAACGGCUGCAACGACGACCGCAGCGACGGCAACGGCAACGGCAGCGGCAACAACAGCAACACCCGACCUCGACCUUUCGAGUGUUCUCUUCGCGAUUGUUCUUCUCCACGACGGCACCCACAGCGGUUUCUGUUUCCGCUUCGCGUAGCCCUUUUUGGCUCUGGAGCCCGAGAAGCAGCAGUUUCAGCUCGGCAUUGUGCGCCGCCAGGUAAUGAUUCCCGAGCAGAAGUAGCAGGCCCUGAUAUGGGAACAGACGUGGACGAAGAUUCUAGCGAAGACGAGCCAGAGCUGUGUGGCUUCAGUUUUCCGCGCUUUCCGGUGAUUGGGGGGCAUCGUAACCGGAAGCAGCACCAGCGUCAGCGCCAACUACAGCAGCAGAUGCAGCAGCAGGGACAUGAGCAACAGCAUCUACAGCAGCAGCAGCUUCGGCGACGGGGGCUGGUUUUUGUACGGACCGGAGCAGCCGCUCACUGGCGCGAACAAAACGGGGAUGGUCAAGGCGUCGCAGGACGCAGCCGUCGCAGCCGCCGCGCAGCGUCAGGUGCUUCGGCUGCUCGAGGCAGUUCGGUAUCAGAAGUGGUGACACAUGGAAGUGCAAGCAGUCCCGGUAACACAGAGGAAACGGAGACGUUCAUUCCUCCCCACAGCCAAACGGCAGCAUACGGAACGCGCACUGUUCCUCGAGGGAAUGCAGCUCCAGCUGCAACAUGUGCUGCUCAUGGAGGCCAAAUGAUAACAAUGGGAGCGCACCUUGCCCCUUGGAAUCCAACAGCAUCAGCUGGGGUACGUCCUGCUGGGGCUGUUCGGGGUAGCACCGCAUUGAGUGAGCUUGCCCCUCGAGAUAAUGCGGUAACAGGCGGAACGCGUGUUGUUCCUUCUCCGCUGCAAGCUGACGCAGCUUCAGUUGCAGCACGUGCAGCUCUGGCAGCUUUAGAACGGAGACCUCCCACGGCAGCCAUGAGGCCAACCUUGCCUGAACCGUUUGACGUGCAUCAAUAUUUCAUGAUGCCUCCAGGCAAUGCGCUGUCAGGCCUUCCACCCCACGUGCAGAUGAUGCGCCACCAGGGACAGAUGCAAGAGCAGCUAGCAGGCCAGCAGCUCGCAGAUCAGCAGCGUCGCCUAACAGCAGCACUGAGGCCUCCCCCGAGCCUGGUUGCAGGCGUUACUGCUGCUGCGGCGGCGGCCAACGAGGCGAUAUCCCGCCGGCAGACGAAUCUGAUGGCACUGCCUCGGCUGCAUCGGCAUCAACUUCGAGCCACCAUGGUGCAAGCAGAAGCAGCAGUUGCAGAGGUCAACAGUGCCAUCGAGAAUGUACUCCUCAUGCUCCAACGCCAUCAACAGCUGUUUGGCGAUCUUUCUACUUGGGGGCAGCCCCCGCAACGGGGAACCCCCGCCCACGUGCUGGAUCAGCUGCCUGCGCUCCCCUUUAAAUGCCGGCCUUCGGCCUCUCGCAUAGCAGGCGUUUCUUCCAGCAGCAACAGCACCAUCAGCGGCGGCAGUACCAGCAGGAGCGGCGGCAGCAGCAGAAGUGGGGGCAGCGACAGCAUCAGUGAAGGAACUCGAGAGAUUGGGGAUAAAGACAAGUGUGCAAUAUGUCUAGAGUUGUUCGUGGAGGGCCGGAUGGUUCGGUUCCUUCCCUGUCUGCACUUUUUCCACAUGAAUUGCGUAGACAUGUGGCUGGAGCAGAGCGACACGUGUCCUAUCUGCAAGUGGCCUGUGCACUGCACGGCCCUUUCUGAUACGCAAGCGCUGGCUGAGGAGAGGUCAUCUGCUACGUCGUCUUCUCGUGACAGUGUUGCUGCUGCCGGACGUGCUGCACAUGGCGGUGCUGCUGCACGUGCUCCUCGUGGUGCUGCUGCUCACGAAGCUAAGGAUUCGUCUAGUGAGGAGGAUUUUUUUAGUGAGGAUGACGCUUACGGCUCUGCUUACGCGCAGUAG